AUGUCUACUAAGAUCAUUUCUUGCACUAAUUAUUUUGCCUCAUCCAUUUUAGACUUCCUGGUCGUGAAACGAAUCACAUCGAAGGUACCCGUGAUUGAAUUAGAUACCCGAUCCUGGCCUUUACCAUCUAAUCUCAAGUUAGCGGACCCCAAGUUUAACAUCCCUGGAGAAAUUGACAUGAUCAUUGGCAAUGAAAUCUUCUUUGAUUUGGUCAAGCGAGGUCGCUACAGAAUGGGUAAUAAUGCGCUAACAUUAGCUGAGACAGAAUUGGGAUGGAUUGUAGGUGGAUCUGUACCGACCAGGAAGGUCAAACAAUGGCCGCGUGUGUGCCAACUGAAUCGCCACGAAGAAGAAUUGAAUAAGACCAUGUCAAAGUUUUGGGAGUUAGAAUGCGUUCAACCGGAAUCCAACCAGACAACAGCUGAGAUUGCUGUCGAAAAACAUUUUGGCAGCACUCAUAGUCGAGAUGCAAAUGGGCGGUACAUCGUGAGGCUUCCCUUUAACAACCUUCAGAGUCAACUUGGAGACUCUUACAAUACCGCCCGGAAACGAUUGGACAAGCUUAUAAUUGCACUUGCCAGAAACCCAACAAAACGUCUGGAGUAUUCUGCAUUUUUGACCGAAUACCUCACACUAGGCCACAUGAAAGAAGUGGAACACUCGGAUGAUGAAGGUUACUACAUUCCACACCAUGCAAUUUACAAGGCAUCUAGCUCGACCACAAAAACAAGAGUUGUGUUUGAUGCAUCUGCAAAGACGACAACUGGCCUAUCUCUGAAUGAUACAUUACUGGUAGGGCCCACUGUGCAGAAUGACCUUCUCUCCAUUAUCCUAAAAUUUUGCACUCAUAAAGUGGUGCUAACGGCCGACAUCCCUAAAAUGUAUCGGCAGGUCAGAAUACACAAGGACGACUGUAAGUACCAAAGGAUCCUUUGGUUGGGCGAUGACGACAAGCUACAAACAGUGACGUACGGUAUCGCCAGCUCCCCACACCAUACAACCAGGGCAUUAGUUCAAUUGGCACUGGAUGAAGGUAAGGAAAGGGUAGUCAAGGAAGACAGUUAUGUCGAUGUCGGUGGGUCGUCAGUAGUAGAAGUGAUCCAGAUCUACAAAGAACUGUCGCAACUACUCCAACGAGGCGGAUUCGGUGUGCAUAAAUUUUGCUCUAAUAGCACAGAGGUUUUGCAAGCAAUUCCAGUGGAUUUGCACGAGAAACAAGUUGAUUUCGAAGACGCCGAGAUUAAUAACACAAUUAAGACACUUGGUCUUAUAUGGAAUCCUUCGGAGGACUACUUUGUUUUUCGUGCUCCUAAGCCAUUGGAUGUGGACUGGACCAAACGGAUUGUUCUGUCGGAGAUUUCCAGUCUCUUCGACCCUGCAGGAUUUCUCGGGCCCAUAAUCACAAAGUCAAAAUUGGUUAUGCAGGACAUUUGGCGUCAAGGUCUAACGUGGGAUGAACUGCUUCCGGAAUCACUUUCGCAGAGGUGGAAAGAAAUUCGAGAACAACUGCCAGCAAUAAACAAGAUGCAGAAGAUGCGGUGUCUGAUUCCCAAGGAUACUGUGUCCAUUCAACUUCAUGGUUUUUCGGACGCAUCGAUGAGAGCCUACGGAGGCGUGCUUUAUAUCAGGAGUGUCGAUAAGAAUGGAAAUAUCAGCGUAAAUCUAGUUGCCAGUAAAUCUCGUGUGGCACCAAUAAAGCCACAGACGAUACCCAGGUUGGAGAUGUGUGGAGCAAAAUUACUAGCGGAGCUGACGCGGAAGGUGGUGACUGCUACGCAAAUCCGAUUCGACGACGUGAUUCUCCACUGUGAUUCAAAAAUUGUUUUGUGUUGGCUCAAAAAGUCACCGUUGGCAUUAAAACAGUUCAUAUCAAACCGUGUUGCUGCAACCAUAGAGCUAACUCAGGGCUACCAGUGGCGAUACAUCAAAUCUGAACACAAUCCAGCUGAUGUUAUUUCUAGGGGAGCGCUACCAGAGGAGUUGCGCCAGAGCGAGUUGUGGUGGAACAGUGCACCAGUUCUGUGGGAAGAACAUCUGCCAGAAGAUUCGACCGAGCCGUUUAAUGAAUUAGAACUGCCAGAAAUUAAAACGGCAACCGUGUUGACCGUCACUAAACAAACUUCAUCAAUUAAUUUGACAAGAUGCAGCAACUACCGUAUAAUGCAGAGAGCGUGGGUGUAUGUCGAACGAUACAUUACUCGUGUGGUGUACAAAAAAUCAGUAACAUCGAUUAUAAAAGCAGACGAGAUGCUACGCUCAGAAAAGAAUAUCCUAAGAGUUUUACAACAACAAGAAUUCGGUGACCUGCUCAAGCGAUUAGAAACUAAAUCGAGCCAACGACACUUUUUGUCGAACCUAGCACCAUUCCUGGACGACGAUGGUCUAAUUCGGGUUGGAGGCCGCUUGAAGUAUUCGGUUAUACCCUAUGAAGGCAAACACCAGGUACUACUACCUGAACGCCACCACGUCACGACGACUCUGAUAAGGAAACUGCAUGAAGAACACUGUUGGCCAUUGUUCGAGAACGCUAUUGGCCAUUGCGAGCAAAGGUGGUAA